CUCAUACUGACAAAAGAAUUUUAGGGCAAGUACAGCGGUCGUACACAGCACCCUCAUUACCCUCACGGUGGUUAAGUAUUUCUCUAUCGUCUGGGGGGGAGGUGCCAGAAGGAACGCCAUAUCAAAACUUACACUCGACGGAGCUGUCACCUAUCUCGUCAUGGCGGGUAAGGCUAUCCGUGAUGUCUACUACCACAGUGGUUGGGAUUGUGUGUCGACUCUGGAGAAUGAAGUCCGCUUCAUAUGGCCAAUGAGGGCAGGGUGUACCUUCAAAUGGUUAUACCUGUUCUUGCGGUACAUACCGUUGUUUGCACAAAUGCGAUCGCACAUGGUGUCUGGAAGCACACUUUACACUCUAUGCAAAAGCUGGCACAUGUCUAUGAUUGGUUUGGUGCUUUUCACAAGUAUUGCAGUAGAAUUCAUCUUGGCUUUCAGAGUUUAUGCUCUGUUCGGGCGGCAACUUUGGGUGACGCUCUUGCUCGGUUGUUUGAUUUCGGCGGAAGCCUCGUGUGCUUUUCUCACCCUGCUGUCGCGGUACCUUCUGGAUUGUGAUGAAGAGUGUAUACUGUUCCCUAUUUUACCCAUAAGCAAAGUCCAUGGUGUGUUCUCACUGAUCACAGAGAGCGCCCUGAUUACCAUGACUCUACUGAAGCGUUAUGCCAUAGUCAGAGCAGGGUUUUCAAAACUCCCGGUUGUGACGAUGCUCACUCGAGACGGGACCCUUGCGUACUUAUUGAUGCUUGCAUUACUUGGUUGUUCGUUCGUGAUCGUCAAGUUGGUGGGCUGGCCGCCACUUGUUAUGUUCUUCCGUCUCAUCUUAAACAUGGCGCAAUUGUCGAUACCGAGGGGGACUGAGUAUACUGACGGAGGCAUCCUGCUUACGAGCCAUAUCGAUAUUGGCCUCGAGAGCGAGUCGACAAGGCAGUCUCGAUCCGACUAAACCCACGCAUUGCCAGCUGUAGCGAUAAUUAUGUAUCAUCUUAUCGUAAGGAAG